CGCACUCAUUUUCGCCUCGUCAUGAAGCCCCGGGGGCGACCUUUGCAUAAAUUUCAAACAAAGUUGGAAUUUCUUCGAGCUAUACGCGACAUCGUGGCUACUCAACAGGAAGCGUAUGAACGGGGCAUUUUGCAUCGCGAUUGCAGCCUCCACAAUGCGAUGAUCGAGGAAGCCGAUGGCAAUAGCCUCGGAAUGUUGAUCGAUUGGGAAUUUGCUGUAGUUAUCGCACCGGAUAAUAAAUACCACGUAGGUGGAACAGUAAGGCACAAUUCCAUUCAUGUCGCGGCGGAUCCUGCAGCAAGUGAAAAAGAUCUGGACUAUUCAGAUGAUCUUGAAUCACUGUUUUAUGUCUUUUGUUGGAUCUGUAUCGGGUACAGCGGCCCU